CUGGUUGCUGCUGUUGUCGAAGCAUCCCGUCACAUAUCAACUACUCAAAAACAGGUGAAUCUUACCGAGACAACAAUGUCUACUCGCCUCGAUAACCUCUUAAAGUCCAAGAACGUUGUCCUUCUCUUUGGAGGCGUCGUCUCUAUGGCGGCAGCAUACACUAUCUGGGGAAACGAUGGUCAAGGAAUGUUCCCUCCUGUGUCAGAUCCUACCGGUGACCCCAAAACGUGGUCUCGAGAAGAAUGCCGGCUGUGGUUGGAAAAGAGAAACCUACAUCCAGAUCCCAAAGCUACAAAAGAGGAACUCAUCGAAAGGGUUCUGGCCAAUAUGCGCAUCCCAAGAAAGUAA